CUUAAACACACUUCAUGGCUUUCAUGCAUAGCUAAAAUUGUAUGAACUUGAAAUUUCAUUCACACAUAUAGAUAGCCAUAUAUAUGGGGGGAGUUAAGAUAAAAUUCAUGAUCAUGGACCAUUACAUAUGGGCCUAAAAUUACAUAACGGGCAUUCAUAAUCUAAGUUACCUGUGGUAAUUACCCGAAAGGUCUACUCUGCUAUGCCCUAUAUCAUUUACGGCCUAAUUGCUUUUCCUUUUAUUUUUUUUUUUACCUUUUAAGUUUUCAAUUUUAUUUUCUUAUUUCACUUUUAGCCAGUUUUUUUACCGCAAAUUUCCGAUCGGCUUUCUCAGAUGAAAAUUUCCAGGAAAGCCAACAGAGAGAUAAAUAAAAUGGCACAGGCGGUUGUCCUCAACUUGAAGAGGGCACUCGCACACGCAGUUACCGCCAUUAUCUGCGGAAUCCACCAAAUAUCUAGAGCACGGACGCACGGUAAUGCGUAAGAAACACUUGAAAAGAGGCGAUUCGGAAUAGCAGAGUCUAUCACCGCUGUGAAAAAAGCAAAUCCUAUGCUCGAUGAGCGGUAAGAAUUUGGGAAGAACAGGCGGUGUUCAUCAUACCUAUCGAUUGGAUGAGCGAGCAACCUCUUUCGUUCUUUCUAACAGCAACCAGAAUUCCCUGUAAAAAUGUUCUUGUUAUAAUUCCACUUGAAUCGACAUUAAAUCAAACAACGAUUUGACGAGAGCAUUUUUCGUCAAGACAUCAAUCGGGCCAUAGGUUUUUCAAUCAAAAAACAUCACCGGGGAAGCAACAUUAGUAGGAUCUUGUUGUUGGGUUCUUCUUCAGCCCUAGCUAGUUGAUGGAGUGACACCCCUACUAAUGUUCAAUUGUUGUUUCCGAUCUAGAAAAAUAAUUUUAAGUAUGGAUUCAUUGAAUACUUUUGUGUUGAAAUUGUUUCCUUUUUGUUUUAUUGCAUACUUGCAUGUUAAUGCAUUUUGUUUCAUCGUGUUGCAUUUUGUUGCAUCCUGUUGCAUUUUGUUGCUAUCAUGUUGCAUUGUGUUGCCUUUCAUUUUGUUGCUAUCAUGUUGCAUCCUGUUGCAUUUUGUUUCACCGUGUUGCAUUUUGUUUCAUCCUGUUGCAUUUUGGUGCUAUCAUGUUGCAUUGUGUUUCCUUUUAUUUUGUUUCUUUUUGUUGUAUCGUGUUGUUUUUUGUUGAAUCGUGUUGUUUUGUUGAUGUGUUUGUUAAUUUGGAUUUCUAUUUAUAUUUACUAUUUAGGAGUAAAAACCAACACACACAAACACUCAUAAUAAUAAAUUUGUAUUUAUGAAAAUGAACAACAAAAAACAGAAAUAAAUAAUAAAUAAGUACAAUUUAAUAGAUAAAAAAUACAAAGCAAUCCCAUGCCAUGCAACAAGAAACAACAAUAAAGUGGUGUGGUGAUAAUAAUUACUUUUUGUUACUCCGUACUAUUUUAAGACUUCAAAAUACAAAACCUUGUGACCCCUUUUUCAACUUUUUGUUACUCCAAUUAUUUUUACUAUUUAAAACAUUUAUUACUUUUAUUUUAAUACGAAGUAUAUAUGUAUAUUAUUUAAUACUUGAGAUUUUAGAUUAUUUUCAUUUUAAUUUUUUCUUAUAUUCUUCACAUCCAAAAUUCCCAAAAAAAAUACAGCGUAUUUAUUUACAAUUAUUGUAUUUUUAUGUUCUUUUUAACAUUUUUGCUAAUUUUCAUUGGCAUCCUAAUUUACAGACUUUAUAAUCUUUCAAUUUUGUAUAACAUUUCAUUUUUGUAAAAAUUUAUAACAUCUUUUCAUUCAGAACAUCUUUUCUAAUAAUAAUAAUAAUAAUAAUUAUUAUUAUUAUUAUAUUUAUUAUUAUUAUUAUUAUUAUUAUUAUUCAUAUUGCUUUUAAUUGUUAGUUUUGAAUAAGAGUAAAAAAUUGAAGUACAUGAGCUCAAUAUUAAUAAGGCAGUGAGGUCAAGUGUUUUGAGUCUUCCAAACUCGCAUUUGUUCAAUCAAGCCUCUCCACCUCCCAUUCUGCAUACCGUUCUCAAUAGACCUGAUAACAUCCUAAUUGGAUGACCCUGUUUUUUGCUUAUCCGCCAAAUUUUCACAAAACACGUAACUUUUGAUUUUGCAUUCUAAAUUAUGUUAUAAUCAAAAUAAGUUAUACUUUAAUUACUUUUAUGAUCGAAUUGGCUAAAGUUAAUUACGGUACAGAGCAAUUUUAGCCGCACCCCACUAUUCCGGUCCUGAACCAAUUGACUAGUCCCAAUCACCGGUUCUUUGUCCAACUGGUUCCGGUCUGAUCCCAUUUUGAAUUCAGGUUCACGUUUAAACAAGAGCAUGAGGGCAAGCUGAGGUAAUCCAUGCCAUCCAUCACAACUCACAACAGUAUGGUAAAUUGGUAAAAGAAGGAGCAGAAAAUCUACAAGUCUGACUGUGCAUAGUUGACUCUAUACAAUCCAGAACCAGUCAUGCACUCAUGCCCCACCACCCUUAUUGACUUUUCUAUCCCAAAACAAAACCUUACCCCACAAUCAUCAUAUACGGAGUAUAUAUUUAGACACACAUGCACCAAAAAUUUUAAAAAGUCAUAUGUAACUUCUGUGGAGUCGUAUAAGCUACGUGGAUAUCACCAUUACCACACAUUUUUUAGUGGGGUCCUGACUAGUGAGUAUCCCACUAAAAAUAGUGAGGGAUCCCACUAAAGGCUAUUCAUGCACACAAUCAUGUAUAAACACACACAUAUAUUUAUAUGUAUAUAUACAUACAAUUAUAUAUAUACCCAUAGAGAGAGAUGAAAAGAUGAUCAACUUUUCACAAGUAAAUUCUCCCUUACCAGAUUCCUGAGCCUAUUUGAACUGUUAGAUUUUAAAUUUGUUCAGAUUUUAAAUUUGUUCAAAGAUACACCCUGCACUUACCUUCUCAGUUCUCACUUUAAAAACCUAUCUAGCAGAUUAGAUUAAAUCAUUAUUAAAAAGUAGUUACCUUUGGUAAAUUUAAAUGUUAACGUGAUCUAAAGGUUAAAACUCAAAACUAAUUCUCAUAUAUGGAGUGUUUUUUUAAAGAAACUAUUUUGUUAAGGAUAAGAAAGGGUACAAGACUAAACGUUAGGAGAAAAUAAGAAAUAAGCGGAAACCAACAAAAAAGAAACACGAAAGCCCUGUUACAACCAGGGUAAUUAAUACGGAGUAGUAUAAUAAGGGUGUAGAAAUAUGGCUGGACCGAAUAUCACUUUUAGUCACGUAUAAAAUACACUUUCCUAAAAGUUUACUAUCUGCCCUUGUUACAGUAAAAUGGUUACAAGAUAGAAUUUUUGAGGUGAAAAGAAGGUGAACAAGUGUCUUUUAGAUACCGAUAAAAUAACACUAAAUAAGUGAUUUGUAUAUAAAGUGGUCUAAAUAUUAGUCACUAUUACUGCAGAUAAUAGGAUAAAUAUAGCAAUAUCUAUUUAUUUUUGGGACGAGAAAAAAUCGAUCCUCUUCCCACAAUUCAACAUCCGUUGUAUAAACACCAGGAGACAACUGUACAUAUGAAUCAAUAUGCCUCCUCCGAAACAUGGUGAUGCUUUGAAAGGACACAUCUUUUGAUAAGAAAAUCAAAAUUGCAUUUUGAUCCAUGUACAUACAUGUACAAUACGGAGUAUGACCAGGUCAUAUUGAAAAGUCAUGUACUUUUCCAACUUUGUAAAACAAAGUUUGUGCGUAUAUGAAUAUUAAAUCAAAGCCAUCAUUUUCCAUCUAUUACAAUUAUUAUUCAAUGACGUAAAUCAUUUACUUAUUCAUAAUAAAAAGUACUCCGUAAUGCUUACGUCCAUUUCAUAAUAAUUAUAAUCAUAUUCAUCCUUAAAUAUUAUUUUAAUUAACUUCUCAACGCCAAAUCAAAAUAAUAUUGUUCAGGAUCAAUGUUGAAUAUUUGAGCCACAUUUCACAAUAAAUUUCCAACAAGCCCAGCCCAAACUAAUAUUCAUAUACGUCUGUAUAUAUAUUAUGUAUUUAUGUGUGUGUGUGGAGCUAGCUAGUCAACCACAAAGAUCAGUAGAGAAAGAUGGCGCUUGGGUGCACAACAGAUGGGAAGCUAGACGAGUCAAGGUACAGUGAGCCCAUGCCAUGGAUCGGAAUCUACGUAGCCAUAGCAUCUGCAGCUUGUGCGGCAGCUAUGGCUACAGAUAUCUUCCAUGGCCUGCGCUCCAAGAAAUUGUUGUUUCCUUGCAAAACCUUCUCCUUAAAUGCCACCACUUUGGCUCUCAUGGCAGUGGGGACCAAACUGUCAGCUGAUCUGAACAGUUCCAUGCCCCGACACAAAGACCAGCUUACAAAACUCAGCAGCAGCACCUUCAUCUGUGUCAUCAUGUCCAACGUGAUGCCUUCUCUAGGAACCAUGGCUUCGCCCAAAGAGCUGGUGAUGAAUCUGAUGGCUUUGGUGAUUUUUGUGAUCACCGUUGUGGUUAACAUUGGGAUCCAGUUGGGCACACGUGUUGUAUAUGCUUUUUGGGAAGAACACAUAGUGAUCAUGUUUGUUAUGCUCAUCUUGCUUCUCCUCUUGCUUUCUUCUGCUCUUGCAGUCCCAACAACAAAAUCAUAUUUUGACCUCAUGUAUAGCAAGAUAUAUAGCAAACUAGCACAGAAAGAGGGUGUGGACCGUGGCCGUGGAGGAUGCUGCUUACCUGAGAAGCUGAAAGAUGAGCUGAUGGCAUAUUGGAUGAUGGCCCUUACAUGUAGCCCCCAGUUUGUGGUGGGUCGCUCGGUGACGUGCACCGCCUCCGGGGCCUUUUGCCUUGUGAGCAUGGUCAUAUACGGUGAAGCUCUGCUUCGUUCUUACCUCUUGCCCGACCAUCAAGUUCUGCAGUGGAGAGUCCGAUUACAAGUGGUCAACUGAUUUGAUUCUCGCGACACAGCUGGUAGCCAUCCUGGUAGGCACAGUUGCACCAGCUUCUAGGUGGUUCAUGGUCAAUGAUUUCCAAUGCCGGAACACCAAGAACAGCCUUAAAGUGGAGGACUACUGGACCCGAAGCCUAGUUAUGUGGAAAGAGUUCCCGCUAGACUUGAGAAAGCGGGCAAGGUGGGUACGGAAGCUUGCACACAAUGCAAAGGACAACUUUUUGGAUUUCUGUAUUUUGUUGCAGAAGUUAAUAGUGUAUACAAGCAAGAUAGUCCGGCUCAUUUCCCUUUUCUUGGUGAGCCGGCUACUGAUGAUGAUAAGCAUCUGACAGUCGGACUCGCAAGGAGCAUGUUCGUGUUCUUCUUCAGAGCUAGAAGAUAUGAAAUGUUACGUUCUGCACCUAGAAGGAGAGGAAGCGUUGAUGGAUUGCAUGAUGGCAUCCAACUUUGAUGCUGCUGACCAUUGGAUCAAGAUGGGUAAAAGGCGGGAACCGAAGAAUCUCAUGACACUCCUACAUAAUUGGACUCCAGCACAAGCACUUGUUGAAUUAAAUGGGUUUGACAGCGACCUCGUUCCUCUGUUGGAUUGUAAAGGUGAGCCAUCAAAUUGUUGGGCGCUUCCAGUCGUGUCCCUCACAAGCAUCACUAUAGCGGUGGUAUUCUCCUCGGGAACCAACCACAAUUUAAGGGAACGACUGAUGAAGUGUGUGCAAGAAGCAAUGGUUUACAUAAGGUUCGUGGAGGAAAAGCUCGACCAAGAUGGAAGCUUGACAACCCUCAGGAAGGCUGCCCAGAUAGUGUGGGUCAGGGUGGACCUCCAUUACAAAUGGCUUGAUUUGGAUCUCAGAAAGAUGGGCAAAAAAGGAGAAGAAGAAACUCCAGGAAUUAUUUUGAAAUCACUCUCUGCUGAAGCCAAACGGAGAUACAUCGAAUACAAAAACAAAGAUGCUGCUGCUAUUUUUUUGGCAGAAUCACCUUCAAAGUGGCCCCCAAAGAUAUUAGCUGCCAAUUCCAUUUACCGGAUAUGUCAAUCUCUUCUUCAGCUUCUACCACUAGAAAGUGCUGAAAAUCAAGAUUGGCAGAGCAGUAAUAAGAUCAUGUUUGAGAGGUUGUCCAACAUGAUAGCAGGGGCGUGUCUCACCAACCUACCUCACAUUAUAUGCACGCUAUGUCACCAGAGCAGCAUGGAAGAGAGGGAAAAGAGUGUCCGCUUAGCCACAAUGCUUCUGGGAAAAGCGGGUAAGAUUUUGGAGUUUCUAAGCUACAAACCGCUUCCAAGUGCUUGCAGAACAAGAUUGACGCACAUUGAUGAUUGGAGAGCACUAAGCAAACAAAUGGAUAAUCAGUGGCAUUGUAAUUCCCGUCGAAGUCGAACACACAAAAACAAGGCUCCCGCAGGAUGUUCCUCCGACUUGUAUUUAACAAUUGAAUAAGCUUAUUAGAAUAUGUGUUAAAUACAGAGUAACUGGCUAUCUCUACACGUUUGAUAGUCUAUUUCAAUUUCAGGCUUACGGCUUACCUCCUUUGUUUUACACAUAUUGGUAACCAGGUUUAUACACACAUUUUCCUUGAGGGCUUUCAUUUCCCCGUUGUUCUUUGCAAUUCAAUGGAAGGAUGAAGUCAUUUCCCCCGAC